CUCUUCCUCAUUCAAAAUGACUCACGGACUUUUGGGCCACUCACGGUUUUAAACACCAUUUUGCUCAGCCACGAGCUUCAACAAAUUGUGUUAUAAUUGUUGGUGAGCGAUUGACUUUAGAGAGAAGUCCAGGAAAAGAAGUUUCCACUGAGAAAAGCAAGAAAGCAACUGUGUUAGGUUCAAGGAAGUAACAACUGAAAUGACACCUUUGAUGUUUAAAGAUGCUUUCUGGGGGUCAGACUUCACUUGUCAUGCCGGGUAUGAUGCUGUGAUCCAAAGGUUGCUAGAUGGAAGGCAAAUGUGCAAAGAUGUGGAGGAGCUUUUAAAGAUGAGGGCACUAGCAGAGGAGAAGUAUGGAAAGGAGCUGGUGACUAUUGCUCGAAAAGCUGGAGGACAAGUAGAGAUCAGCACCUUGAGGGCAUCCUUUGAACUAUUAAAAACACAAAUCGAGAACAUCGGUAACUUUCACAUCCAACUCUCUGAUAUAUUGAAAGAGGAGGUGAAAAAGAUUGAGACAUUCAGAGAGCGGCAGAAAGAGCAGAGAAAGAAGUUCCAAAGCAUCAUGGAAAAGGUUCAGAAGAAAAAGGUUUCUUUGUACAAGAAGACCCUGGAGUCUAAAAAGACCUAUGAGCUGAGAUGCAGGGAGGCGGACGACGCCGAACAGGGGAGUGAGAAGACAAAUGUUACAUCCAAAAACUCAGAAAAGGUCUCUUCCUGUGUAACAUUUGUUCCAAAGGUACGUCACAGAGCCAAGCACUGCAGACAGGCUGCCAAUGAAGCAGAGAAGCUGUACUUAACCAACAUUGAUCAGCUAGAAAGUGUUCGACAGGACUGGGAAGAAACGCACAAAAGCACCUGUGAGGUGUUCCAGCAGCUGGAGGGAGAUCGCAUCAGCAUGCUAAGGUGUGCUCUAUGGGACCACUGCAAUCAUUUCUCCAUGCAGUGUGUCAAAGACGAUGAGUCUAACGAGGAGGUGAGGAAGCUACUGGAAAAGUGUGACAUCACCACAGACAACAACUACUUCAUAGGGAUGAAAAGCACAGGAUCGAGGCCUCCAGAGCCCAUAGUGUUUGAGAGCUACUACCCGAGGGAGACGUUUGGGGACAACAAUGGCCAAGCACAUUUCGCAGGAGGAGAAUCCAUGAUAAUGAGGUGCUCCGAUCCCCUGCUCCAAGGUUCUGUGAACAUCAGUGCCGAAAGACUUCAAAACUCCGAGUCAGCACUGACACCUUUUGGCAAGUUUGAGACCCCAGACGGAGGAUAUGCACCCUUACCAGGCCUCCAGCAUGGAGCAUCGUUGGCCACAGUUUCAGCUGAUGAAGACAUCUACACUGUGCUUUAUGAAUAUGCUGCACAGGAAGUGGAUGAAUUGUCUGUGAGUCCAGGGGACGUGGUCCGAGUGUUGGAACAAGAAGAAGACGGCUGGUGGACAGUGGAGAUGAAUGGGCUGACUGGACUGGUGCCAGGAAACUUUCUGGGCAAAGUCUGAACACUCAUCCACAAACAAGAAAAUAAAGACAACAUGCACUCAAAUGACAACACACACAUAAACACACACGUUCAGUAUGUAUUGUGUCAAACUUACAAAGACACCUUAGUGC